CCCUGCCAACGGUCGAAUCUAAUGAAUCCUUCUAAUUCUAGGUUGAAACCGAAAAAACCCGUAGUCUCCACAGUUGCUUGCUAUAAACGGACCGUACACUGCAAGCCCUAGUUUUCCACUAGCCAAAAAAAUUAUCAAAAGCUUCAAAAUUUUACAUUUAACUUUACCCAAAUGGAGCGACGAGAAGCGCAAGAACAACAACAACAGCUAAUAUGGAAAUCAGAGCCGGAAUCAAUGGUUUCAGUCACAAUCGGUAGAGCCAUGACUACUCUCCUCACCGCCCGUCCCAAAAAACUUCACCACUCCAUUUCUUGCCUCUCCCCCGACUCCUCCAACAAACCCUCGCUCGCAACUUUGGAUGAGUCGCUCUGGUUUCUUCACAAGUACGUCACAGAUGCGUCUCAGAGAGACGGGACUUUGGAUGAGAUUCUCGUUCCCAUGAUCCAACACUCAUUGAAGUACAAGGACUCAAAGCAUGACAGUCAACCUAUGAUACUUCUCAGUUGGCUUUUCCAAGAUGAGCUUCUUUUCCAAGCAGUUGCGAUGAAUCUGGCAAAUAUAAUUAUGAGGAAAGAUGAUCGAUUUAUAGCUUUUGGUUGGUGUAUUCUUGUGCGAGGGCUCAUGGAGUGUGAGAGUACUACGGAUCAGAAUUUGGUUAAUGGAAUAAAGGAGAAGUACAAUGCUUUGCUGAAGAUACUUUGCACUUCUAUUCCACAUUUAUUGUGUAUUGUACGUAAAGGAAGCAUUUUGCAGGAUAAAUCUGAGCUCCCUUCACGCCUUUCAGUGGCUGCUGCAGAUUGUUUUUUGGCUUUAACUGAAGGGCUGACAAAAAAGCCUGAUAGGCUAAGUAACAGGCCUAAAUCAUUGAGCUCCAGUGAAUCCAACCCUCCAGUUAGUUUAUUAGCAUCAAGCGUUGAUGAGAAAAAAAUGAACACAGCUUAUAAAUCUUCUACAGUUUUAAACACGGGCAUGGAAUAUUUGCUUUGGGAUUAUCUAGAGGAUCUCAUUUGCCUAGUGGAGAGACUCCUUGCUUGGAGCAGAAAAAGCCGCCCCUUGCAUGCUAAAGGAUUGGAGCAAGUGCUUAAGUGGUUGCAGGAGAUUCAAGUGCAUUAUGGUGGCAUUCAAGAUGAGGCAGGCUCGAAGAUUCUAAAGACCAGAGCAUUGCUACUCUCUUCAUGCUGGAAGCAUUAUGGCAUGCUAUUGCACUUGGAAGAUAAAAAAUUUACUCAGCAGUACAAGGAAUUGUUGGAACAGUACUUGUCAGGCAUCCAGUACUAUACAAAUAACUACGAUGAGGGGCAUGCUGAGAGUAAGGAUGGUGGUAUAGAGACCAGAAAAUUUUUCCUAAAUUGCUUAUGCCUUAUGCUGGGGCGUUUUGAUGGCAAAAAAUUUGAAGGCAUAGUGUUGGAUUAUGGAAAUCAGAUAUCACAUGUUCUUUUAUCACAGCUUCAUUGUAAUGAUGAAGAUGUAAUAGAAGGGGUUGUCUGCAUAUUCAAGGCUGUUAUUUUUAAGACAAAUAAUUCAUCUGGAAGCAGUCUAACUGACACCAAUCAAAUGGACGCUGUGGUACCAUUGCUGCUUCACCUUCUUGAUGAGCGAGAUGCUGCAGCGAGAGCUGUUGUUAUUCUCAUGGCAGAAUACUGUUCAUUAAGUGCUGACGGUCACUGUCUUGAAGAAGUUCUUAAACGGCUAGCUUCUGGCAAUGCUAUUCAGAGAAGGAAUGCUUUUGAUGUCAUAUCAGAACUGAUUCACAUAUCGAAAGAUUCACCACAUAAAGCUUAUCACUCAACCCAGCAAGUUAUAGCAAAUCACUUACUAGUGUGCCUUGAAGAUGAAGAAACUGCAAUCCGAGAACAAACACCCAAUUUGCUUCCACUGAUUGACCCAUCAUAUGUGUUGCCUGCAUUAGUUCAUCUUGUUUGCUCAUCAGAUGAAAAAGUACAACCAGCAGCUAGUGAAGCCUUCAUUAGAGUGCUCAAACAUCAUAACCAGAAACCUGAAGUUAUGUGCAUGCUACUUGACAAUCUUAGCAACCUCAGCCAGUGCCUUACUGAUGCAGAAGCUGGAGCAUGUAUAGGGAAAGGAUCAAAUUUAGACCGUGAUAGAGUGCUAAGGCUGAUCCCAGAGUGGUCUAAAACUGUUCAAGACUGGAACGCAUUAAUUGGAGCCCUGCUAGACAAGAUGUUUGCUGAGCCAUCAAAUGCUACUAUUGUCAGGUUUUUGAGUCACAUAAAUGAACAGUUAGCAGAAGCUGCAGAUUUAGUCCUUUGUCGUGUUCUCUUGCAGAUGAAAGGACAGAAAGGGAUUGAUGAAGAUUUCUUCUCUAGAUGGGAGACAAGAACAUGUACGAGUGAUGACUCCAUGAGAAUGCAGCAAUCUUUGUUUGAGCGACUUUGUCCACUACUCAUAAUUAGGCUGCUUCCAUUGAGAGUAUUUAAUAAUCUCAAUUCCUCUGUGAUGUAUGGUCAUCUUCAUAAUCUGUCUGUUAUGCAUGAAUAUAGAGAUGUCAGCGGCAUUGAUGAUAACAGUGUUGUUGCUUUCCUUGUAAAUAGCGCAUUUAGUAAGUUUGAGUUUGAAGAUGUAAGAAAGCUUGCCGCUGAGCUUUGUGGGCGCAUUCAUCCUCAAGUUCUGCUUCCACUUGUUUGCUCGCAAUUAGAACAUGCUGCAGAUUCUCAGGAUAUAUUGAAGAUUAAAGCUUGCCUCUUUUCAGUCUGUACAUCCCUUGUGGUAAGAGGAAUGGAGUCCCUUUUGCAUCCUUUUAUCCUUCAAAUCUGGAGAACUAUUGAAGUGAUAUUGCUAUGGCCUACAUCAGAUGGAGAUGAAGUUUCCAAAGCACAACAUGGUUGCAUUGAUUGUUUGGCACUGAUUUUAUGUGGUGAGUUGCAAGCUCCUGAAUCGUUUAAAGACUGCACCUCAUGGAGGAGCUACAUUGUUGGGAAGAAAGGCAAUUCUGGGAAUGCUACCUCCAAGCUCUAUGCCCUCAGAUACGUGAUCCAUCAAUUAAUAAAUGAUAAAAGUGAACAUAACCCUGGCUCCAAGUUGCGGGAUGAAAACUGUGAACCAAUUCCUGUUUCUUUUCGUCUGUGCUUGGCUAAUGUUCUCAUCAGUGCUUGUCAGAAGAUAUCUGACUAUGGCAAAAAACCCCUCGCAAAGACAAUUCUUCCAUGUCUAAUUGAUUCGGUUGAGGUAAUAAUGCAACCAGAGAUUAGAGCUGCGUGCAUCCAGGUUCUGUUCUCUGCCGUGUAUCAUCUGAAGUCUGCAGUUCUUCCUUAUUCCUGUGAUCUUUUCAAACUUUCUCUAAAGUUCCUUGGAAAUGGAUCAGAAAAGGAAAGGAUGGCUGGUGCGAAGCUGAUGGCUUCUCUUAUGGCGAGUGAAGAUUCGAUUUUGGAGACUAUAUCUGGUGGAUUACUGGAAGCAAGAUCUCUACUUUCAGAUAUAUCUAUGACUGACCCAUCAUUUGACAUUCAACAAGUUUGUAAAAAGUUGCUAGCAUGCAUAACUUCUGCAUAGGAAAAAGAAACAUUACCAUGAACUAGACUAAUACUUGGUUCAUGGGUGUAUAGUUUAUCCACGAGCAGAAAAAUUACGGAGCAUUCAAGAAUAUCAAUCUGUUUCUGCCACAGCCCAGCUUGGCCUGAUUCAAUACUCCAAACACUUCUUACCUGCCUCAACACUGCAAGGGAGCUGUUUUUGAUAGACUACUGCAUAAAUCAAAGGGUAAGCAAUUGCAAUGAGGAAAAAAAAUAGAAACAAAAAAAAAAGCAAAAUAAAAAAAAAUAUAAGGAAGACUAGAUCGUUUUAGGGUUCUCUGUGUAUCCUUGAUCCUAGAGCCAGAAAGUGGUUGAAAUCAACCAAUCCUUUGGUGGACGGCAGAUUUUUUAUUCUCAAGUUUCAAUUUGACCUUAAUUUAAACGCAUUUGCUCUCUUUAACAACACAACAGUGCACGGCUAGGACUUUGGUUUUUAGUUUGUCGCUGAAAAAUGGUUAGAACUUGAGAGUUGAAAUUGUUGAAUAAUUCAGAUGUGGGAUUUAAGCUAUAUUUAAAAAAUAAAAAAAAUAAACAAAA